AUGGAUUAAUUUAUAGAAACAAAUAAUAAAUCUUCAAAAAAAUAGACAAUUAAGUUUUCUCCAAAUAUGUCUAUGGCUAUGGAAGAUGGUAGAGAAUUGGAUGAAAAAUUUGAUUACUAAGAGGAUAUAUACAACACAAAAUAUCUCUUCGAAAUUAAGAAUUGUCAACCUCAAAAAUUGCAUUAGGGUGAUUAAGAAAUUUCAUGUAGUAGUUUUAAUGUAGGAAAAAAUAAUAUUUUUUAGGAAUCACAAAUGGAUUUAAAUACAACAAAUCAAUAAUUUUGUAAAACUCAAUAUGAUGCUGCUGCUAAAAUUACUGAAAAGUAUAAUUCAAGUAAUAACUCAUCAUGUUCUUAAGAUUAGCCUAAAAAUGAAUAGACAUCAGAAAAAUAAAUAAAAAUAACUCUCAACAUGAAUAAAAAGAUGUAAAGCUAAUCAUAAGAAGAUUCUUUAAUUCAAGAUAGCUUCUCAUAGCAUCAUUCAAAAGAUACUAAUAACUUCAAGAAUGGUGAAUAAUCAUAAUCAAAUAACUUCUUUACUAAAAAUACCAUUAUUAAAAGUGAAUCUAAAUAUUAAUCUUCUUUAAAUUAGUCUGAUUCUAAAAACUUUAAUGAAACAAAGGCCAAAAUGAAUAGCUAAAUAUUGAUAUAGGACGAUAUAUUUUAUGAAAAAGACAAGAAAAAACUAGGUAAUAAAGUCAAUUACGCUCUGAAAAACUACAAUACAUUAAGAGUAAUUUGGGAUUUGAUUUAAGUUGCCUACACUUACAUUUUCCUCUAUAUUUACUCUUUGUUUAUAUUCUUUGAUCAUAACUACUUUUAGCCUUAAUUUAUGAUGAAAUUUAAUUUUAUUUCCUUCACUCUCUUCCUAAUUGAUAUUACAAUUAAUCUCAAUACUGCUUUUUUUGACAAAGACAUAAUAAUAGUUAAGAGAAUACAAAUUGCUAGAAAAUAUUUCUUUUCAUCAAGAUUUUUAACCGAUUUUAUAAGCAUGUUUAUCCUUGGCUCUAAAAUCAUUUACCCUAAUUAAUUGAUAAUAAAUGAUAUAAAACAAAAUCUAUUUUUAUUUGGAUUAAAUAUACUUAUUUUUUUAAAAGCGAAUGGAAUCUCAAGCAAAAAAAAGCGAUUCGAUUACAUAUUCACCCUUACAGAAAAUUAGAAGCAUAUAUGUAAACUAAUAAAUUAGUUAGCAAGUGUUAUGACAAUUGCUCAUAUUGGUGCAAUAGGAUGGUAUUUUGUUGGAGUGUAAGAAGCUAAUAGCAACAAAAGCAAUUGGUUAGAUAAGAUAGGUAUUUAGUCUGAUUCAAUUCAUGAUUAGUAUAUUUUUGCUAUUUAUUGGUCAAUAACAACUAUGACAACAGUUGGAUAUGGUGACAUUUCUGCCACUAAUCCUAUCGAAGCUCUUUAUAUAUCUAUUACCAUGAUACUAUUUAGUUGUGUAUUUGCUUACUCUAUAAACAACAUAGGGUUUAUUUUGCAGGAAAUAGAAAAAUCUUCAAAAUAACUGAAUGAUGAUCUUGUUACUAUUUAAAGAUAUCUAAUUAGGAAGAAUGUUAGCAUCUAACUAAAAAGUAGAGUCAGACAUUAUUUGUCAUUUUUAUCAUAAGAAUAAAAAGAUAGAGACAAAUAGCAUGAAGAUAAUAUAUUACACUAACUCUCCAAUAAGCUGAGAGACGAAAUCACUCUUGAGAUUAAUUCUAAAAUUCUCAACAAUAAUAAUUUGUUCAGCUCUAAUUUUUCCAAGUCCACUUUAAAUAAAUUAAUAUUUAUAAUGAAGGAAAUUUUAAUAAACCCUAACGAAAUUAUAAUCAGCGAAGAUAAAUAUGAUGAUUGUUCAAUUUACUUUAUUUAAGAUGGUAUUAUUGAAAUUUACCAAUAAUAAAUAUAGAAGUAAAGUUAAGUAAGUGUUAUAUAAACUUUAAAAAGCGGUUAAAUAUUUGGUGAUAUUUGCUUUUUUACUGGUCUUUAAAGACAAGCUUCAGCUAGGAGCGUUAACUUGUCUACUCUUUUUAAAAUAAGUAGAGAUGAAUUUAUAGAAAUUCUUAAAGAAAAUAAAGAAGAUUUUGAGCGCUUUAAAAUGAUACAAGAUUAAAUUAUAUUUUAAAAAGGAAAAUCUAUCAUCCAUAAUGAUUGCUAUUAUUGCAAAGAAAGUAACCACAUAGCAAAUUAAUGCCCUAGGACACAUAGAUUAUUUGAUAAAUAAUUUGUAAUUUUAAAGAAUAAUUUUUCAAUGUUUUAAGAAAGAUCUGAUUAACGCAUAACUCUAAAACGUAAACAAAAUACAAAGAAAUAAUAUAAAAGAAAUUUAGAAAUAAUUUAACUUUUAAAAUAAAGAUUAUAAUCUUAAAAUAAUGAAAUAUUUUAUCUAUAUAACGACAAUUUGUUAAGCUCUUAGGACACUAUAACUCAGUCUGAUAAUGAGAAUUAAGAAGAUUGUGGUACAGAAAGCCAGCUAAAAUAUUCAUAAAUAGAAAAUGAGUCAAAAUAAAAAAAUAAUAUUUAAAUGAACGAAAAAGAAAAAAUAGACAAAUAAACUAAAAAUAUUUUUAAAACAGAAAAAUAAAGUUAAGAUGAAAAUGAAAAAUAAAGCAGUGAGUAAACUUACAAGUGUCAUUCUAACUUGGUCUAUGAAAAUUAAGAUGUGAUUAAAAUUGCUUCUAAAUCUUUUAGGUCAUAAAAUAAGUUAAGAUCAUUAGAAGCAAUAAAUAGUGUUGACUCAGUUAAUUAAGUAUCUUUAAAUGCUAUUAAUUCAAAGGAAGAACAAAUUUAGAGUUUCAAUAAAUACAAUCAUUAGGAAUAGUAAAGUAAUAAAUUAGAAAAUAUUGCAAAACCUACUUAAAAUGAUUAAAUAUCUUAAAAUAAAAAAAAUUCUAUAAAGAAGUGCAAGAAAUUGCUAGUUUAAAACUAGAAAGAGUAAAGAUACUCGUUAGAUUCGCAACUUCAAAAUAUUGCAACAUUAUUAUAUUUUCAUGGUAAAAAUAUGCCUGAAUAACAGAUAAAUACUGUAAACAAGUAUUACUAUGAUAGUCCAUUUAAUUAAUUAAACUCUAAUUAAUCAAUAAAAGACAUAAAGGAUCAAGCUCUUGCAUAUAAAAAUAAAAGAUUAUCUGAUAAUAAAAGUAGUAAUAAAUAAAGCUCAUUUAAAUAAAUUUAAACUUAAUAGUCUAGUGAAGCAUGCAAUAAAUAAGUAAAGACAGAAGAAAGAUAAAUGAUAGAGAGAUUCUCUAAAAUUCUUUAGGAUUCAUAACUACCAUUUCUUCUUUAAUUAACAGCUGGUAAAAGUUUUCAUGUAGGUGAUUCUUAAUUUCCUUCAAAUCCUAUCGAUUAUUUUGACAGAAUCUAAUCCUUUAAGAAGUAUUAUCCAGAUUAUAAUUUUGACAAGAUUUUGCGAAAACUUAAAAGUAAAUUGCAAAAAUAAAAAAAGCUAAAAUAGACUACAAAAUAACACCGUUAAAAUUGUUAAAAUGUAGGGCUUAGAAAAGCUUCUCUAUUUUAAGGAAACUCUAAUAUUGUAAAAAUUAUACCCUAAAGUUAUGAUAUUAGUUUAUACUAGCCAACUUAUCUUUCUUAUGGAAUAAAAAUUUAAAACGGAGUUACUUACCCAAUUAGUAAUUUUUCUAAAUAAAAUAGUUGA